AUGGCUGCUGGGUUUACAGAGCAAGAGGCUAAAGAUGCAUUCAACAACAAUAUGAUGGCAACCGGGUUGCUCUCGGAGCUGCCUUUAGACUUUGCCCGUGAACAUCAACGGUCUUGGUUGGUGGCUGAGUGUGAAGCUGGGGAUGUUGUUCUGCACAAACCCCACACAGCAUUGAAAUUCUCGAUCUGGCUUGGGCAUCAGGCUAAUUCAGUAGAUCCAUUCGUCUACAAUCAAUAA